AUGACUAUUGUCAACAAGCCUUUUCUUAAACCUGCUGUUUCUCCUGCAUGGCGUCCAGUGGCUCUGACACUACUGUUCCUGUGCCUAGGGAUGGCAGUUGGUCUGGUGACUCUGGGAAUAAUGCUCUUUAUACAACAGGAUUAUCUUCAUAUCGAGAAUGGAAAUCUCUCAGAGAUUCUCCAGAAAGUGGCAAAAAACUUCUGUCAUGAGCUUAUUCAAAAGACUGUGGGUCACAAAUGUAAUCCCUGUGAUACCAACUGGAGAUAUCAUGGAGACAAAUGCUAUGGUUUCUUCAGACACAAUCUGACAUGGGCAGAGAGUAAAGAAUAUUGUGCUGAAAGGAAUGCCACUCUGGUGAUGAUACUCAACAAGGAUGUUUUGGAUUUCGUCAAAGGAAGAACUUCUUUUAUUCGAUGGAUUGGCCUGUCCCGUCAAAAGUCUGAUGGAAUCUGGAUUUGGGAAGAUGGUUCAGCUCUCUCUAAGAAUGUGUUCGAGCUUUUAGGAAAUGGAAGAAAAGAUCAGCAAUGUGCCUACUUUCACAAGGGAAAAAUUUAUACUUCACUCUGUGAGGACACACAUUACUUAAUAUGUGAGCAGAAGGCCAACCCAGUGAGGAUAGACCAACUGAUUUGA